CGGAAGCAGUGGGCUUACCCGCCGGCUACGUUUCUAGCACGCAUGCGCUGAGCCGGCCAACGGAGCCUGCGUUUACCGCCCCACGCGGCGUCCAAUCUCCUAGCAACGACUCCGGCUUCCUAGGAACUGCUCCUUUCUCAACCAUUCCUGCCCACAACACCCCAACUUGCUGCCAGCAAAGCCCCUCCACACCCCUCAAACUCCAGACCCUUUACAUCAAUUUACUGUUCUCUUUGACCUCACCCCAGGAAUUUUCUCUGAAUCAAUCCCUUUUCCUCGUCUCCCAGGUCUCUGAGUUUCUCUUUCCUCCUGCCAUCCUGGGUUCCCGCCACCCUUACGGACCGCCCAGGCUGCUAGGCUCCUUUUCAUUCUUCUCCAGCCUCAGACCAGCAGCCUUUUAUUUUAGUUCAUGGCUGGAGCUAAGUCUGCCCAGGGUCCAGAGGAAGGGGGCGUCUGCAUCACUGUAGCCCUUAUCACUAAGCGGAACUUGACUUUCCCUGAGGAUGAGGAACUGUCAGAGAAGAUCUUCCUGUCUCUGGCAGGAAACCAAAUCAGGCAGGUGGAAAACCUCCUCGACCUCCCGUGCCUCCAGUUCCUGGACCUUUCUGAGAACCUGAUAGAAACGUUGAAGCUGGAUGAGUUCCCCCAGAGCCUUCUUAUCCUCAACCUGUCUGGAAAUAGCUGCACCAACCGGGAUGGCUACCGUGAGCUGGUGACAGAAGCCCUGCCACUUCUCCUGGACCUGGAUGGGCAGCCUGUGUCAGAGCGCUGGAUCUCAGAUGAGGAGGAUGAAGCCUCGAAUGAUGAUGAGUUCCCAGAGCUGAGUGGCCCAUUCUGCUCAGAGCGAGGCUUCCUUAAGGAGCUGGAGCAGGAGCUGAGCAGGCACAGGGAGCGCCGGCAGCACGCAGCCCUGACGGAGCACCUGCUGAGGAUGGAUAUGCAGCCCGCCCUCACCGACCUGCUCAUGCUGCCUAGGGUGCCCAUGGCUGGGGACAGCAGCCCUUCUGUCACUCCUGGGGAAGGGAAGGAGACACUCCCUGAGGCCGUCUCCUCACCCCAGUCCUCCUCUCCCACCAAGAAACCAUGCACUGUGGUUCCCAGGAGCCAGCAAAGCUCUCUCUGGGGAAGGAAGGGGGUCCGAGCAGCCACAGCCCCCAAGGCCUCUGUGGCUGGGGCCCCCAGCACAACCAAAACUAUGCCCAAGAGAAGCAAGAAAUGAUACUCUGUGAACCUUUCUCUAUGAGUGGAGUGGGGCCUGCCUCCCUUCUCAGACCCCUCACCUGUGACAGGAGCCCAUUCCCAGUAAAUUGUCUCUAGGCCCUGAAUAU